UUCAUCUAUGUUAUGGCAUUAAGUCUUUGCUCAAGGCCAAGGGUUUAGCAUUCAAUUCAAUACUAGUCAGAAAAUUGUUAUGCUUCGUCUUCGCCACCUCUUCAAAUCGAAAAUUCAUCAACAUUUUCUUGCUAAACUGUGCGAAAUUUCGCUCCUUGAACACCAAGUAGAAAUUUUUCACUCUGCAUUGCAUUUGUAUGCAUAAUAGGUAAAGCUCAAAUAGCACAGGCAUGGUGGCGGCAUGGUGCUCCCUUUCACCAAACACAUUCUCUCACGCAACCACUGGGUCCAAAAGCCUCCACCUUUACUCGCAAUUCUUCGUGGGCAUGUCAGUUUUGGUUUCCUGCAACAUUUUUCCAGUUCUGGGUACUGUGAAAGACUACCAUGGGAACGUUCCACCGAAGAAAUUCUAUUGGGGAAGCUUAAAUCUGCUUUGAGGAGUCAUCAGGUGCAUGAAGCUUGGGAAUCUUUUCAGGAUUUUAGAACCCUUUAUGGGUACCCUGAGGUUCACCUUGUGAACCGUCUCAUUGUUCAGUCUUCAUAUUCAAAUGAUCAUGUUUGGAUAAGAAAAGCAUGUGAUUUGGCUUUGCAGAUUGUUGAAGAGAAGUCAGGUUUGCUUCAAUCUGAUGGCUUAAUUAAGCUUGCUUUGUCUCUAGCUAGGUUGCAAAUGCUAUCUCAUGUUUCUGUGAUACUUAGGUUGAUGCUUAACAAAGGGUGUGUGCCCCCAAUGAAUUUAUUGUCUUUGGUGGUUUUUCAUGUUGUGAAGACUGAAAUCGGAACACAGAUAGCAUCCAAUUAUCUGUCUCAAGUUUGUGAUUUUUAUAAUUGCUUGAAUGAUAAAAAAUCUCACCUUGCUGUCAUGGUUAAGCUGGAUACCGUGGUCUUUAACCUUGUUCUUGAUGCUUGUGUGAGGUUUAAAUUGUCUUUGAAAGGCCUGUGCCUGAUUGAAUUGAUGGCGAUGACUGGGACGGUGGCUGAUGCACACUCCAUUGUGUUAAUUUCGCAGAUCCUAGAGAUGAAUGGUUUGAGAGAUGAAAUGAUGGAGCUAAAAGGUCAUAUUGAUGGAGUUUCGGCUGCUUAUGCUCGUCACUAUAGCCAGUUUUAUGAUAGUUUGUUGAGCUUGCACUUCAAAUUUAAUGACAUUGAUGCUGCUGCUAAGCUUGUUUUGGAUAUGAAUAGGUUGCGUGAUUGUCAUAUUAGUAAAGAGUGUACGAAACGCUUGCAAAAGCCUUGUUUUAUUGGCAUUGGAUCAUCUAACCUUAAGAACGGGUUGAAGAUACAUAUUGAGCCUGAGCUACUGCAGAAGGAUUCUGUCCUUAAAGUGGAAGGGAGACAGAAUCUUAUCUUUUAUAAGGGUGGGAAACUUGCUCUCAGUAACAGAGCUAUGGUCAUGUUUAUCUGUGGUUACAAGAAAGAUGGGCAGAUUAGUGAACUUUCAAAACUCUUACUUAGCCUUCAAGAGGGACUAUAUGCAGUUGCAGGUUCCAGUUUGUGUUCUGAUGUGAUCGGUGCUUGCAUUCAGAUGGGAUGGCUUGAGUCUGCUCAUGACAUUUUGGAUGAUGUAGAGGCUACUGGGUCUCCAAUGGGCCGGGAGACAUAUAUGUUACUCUUGUCAGCAUAUCAGAAUGGGGGAAUGCAAAGAGAAGCGAAAGCACUGCUAAAACAAAUGAAAAAGGUUAGUUUGCACCACAAAUUGUCUGAUGAUGCUUUUGACAAGCACAUCAUCUGUGAAGAAACAGCAUACUCAGUUGGUAAAUCAGACUUGGCUGUCGCCUUGGCUCAAAUUUUGAAAGGUGAAGAUCAAACAGUUUUACCUUUGGUGUACAACUUCAAUUCUUCCAUUUUCUUUUUCUGCAAGGCAGGAAUGAUAGAGGAUGCACUGAAGGCGUAUAGAAGAAUGGGCAAAAUGAAAAUUCAACCCACAAUUCAAACUUUUGCUUAUAUGCUGUGUGGAUAUUCUUCUCUUGGCAUGUAUCGUGAAAUCACUAUCGUGUGGGGAGACAUUAAGAGACUCAUGAAGGGUGCCGAUUUAGUUGGAAAUAGAGAUUUGUAUGAGUUAUUGCUCCUAAACUUUUUACGUGGUGGUUACUUUGAGAGAGUGAUGGAGGUCAUUGAUCAUAUGAGAAACCAUAACAUGUAUACUGACAAAUGGAUGUACAAAAGUGAGUUCCUUAGACUUCAUAAGAAUCUUUAUAGGCGUUUAAAAGCAUCAGAUGCUAGAACAGAAGCACAAAGCAAAAGGUUUGAGCAUGUUCAGGAAUUUCAGAAAUGGGUGGGUAUUGACUAAAGGUCUCUGCUUAACGUUCAUGCGCUGAUGUACUCUAUCUUUUUCAGUAAUGGGCAUUGGAAAAUUAUGUCGUCUUAUGCCUAUUUGAAGUUUAUUUAGUUUUGGUUCUGGCUAAGUUUAGCAUUCUUGGAGUUAGGUGGAAAUUUUUGUUUCAGUAGUCACUAACCCUACCAUGACCAUAAUUUAUAAGAAUGAAUUUCCUCAUA